AUUUGGGACACAGCCUCCUGAGUGUUGGUGUUGCUGAAGAAGGAGGUGGACUCGCCGCUUCAGUUUUGCUAGUCGUCCAAAAUUCAGCCGAGCGAGAAACCUUCCGCUUGAGCGCCAACACGGAUUUUCUUUGGGAUAAGCGCACAGGCCUCGCUGCUAAAACGAUGCCCCAUUCUCGGCGGUAUCCGUCGUCGGAGCGGGCCAGCCGCAGCAGCUAUCAGGACCGCUAUCGCGAGCGUGACCGAGAUCGCGGGAGAAAGCCUCGACACCGGCGCUCACGAUCCUUUUCCUCGCUCAGCGACCGAGAAAGAAGGGGACGUGGACACAGGCAGGAUGGAACCUAUGCACGAUCCAGGAGUUACGACAAUCGUUCUAUAGACCGGCGGCCGUUCGACAGGCGCUACGGCGAAGGCUAUCGGCGGCAGGAGCACGAACGAGACCGUGAACGUGAGCGACUGUCCCCGGAUGGCUACCACUCACGCGACCCUUCGACCAGUUACGACUACCGCCGCACACACCAGCGCCACAAAAGCAGCAGGCGUAAGCACAAACGAAGGCGGCGUAGAACCAGGUCCUAUAGCCCAUCCUCCUCGCGGAGUGCCAGCGGGACGCGGCCGCUAUGUGUGAGGGACGACGAGGAGGGUCACCUGAUCUGUCGGAGUGGCGACGUCCUGCAAGAGAGAUAUGAAAUUGUCGGCACUUUAGGGGAGGGCACGUUUGGACGUGUGAUGGAAUGCAUUGAUCAUCGGAGAGGUGGAGCCCAUGUAGCUCUGAAAAUCAUCAAAAACGUUGAGAAGUACAAGGAGGCUGCACGACUGGAGAUCAAUGUACUGGAGAGGAUCAAAGAGCGAGACCCUGAAAGCAAACAUCUGUGUGUACGGAUGUUCGACUGGUUUGAUUACCACGGCCACAUGUGUCUCAGCUUUGAGCUGUUAGCAGUCAGCACCUUUGACUUCCUGAAGGAGAACAAUUACCUGCCUUAUUCCAUCAGUCAGGUCCGACACAUGGCCUACCAGCUCUGCCUCGCUGUUAAGUUUCUGCAUGACAACAAGCUGACACACACAGAUUUAAAACCUGAGAAUAUUCUGUUUGUCAACUCGGAUUUCAGCAUAACGUACAACGUAGAAAAGAAGAGAGACGAGCGGAUGGUGAAGAGCACUGCAGUAAGAGUAGUCGAUUUUGGCAGUGCUACAUUCGACCAUGAGCACCACAGUACAAUUGUCUCCACCAGGCACUACCGCGCACCUGAGGUGAUUCUCGAGAUGGGAUGGAAUCAGCCUUGUGAUGUGUGGAGUAUUGGCUGCAUCCUCUUCGAGUAUUACCUUGGCUUCACACUCUUUCAGACUCACGAUAACAGAGAGCACUUGGCCAUGAUGGAGAGAAUAUUGGGUCCUGUCCCUUCCAGGAUGAUUCGCAAAACGAGAAAACAGAAGUACUUUUACCGUGGACGUCUUGACUGGGACGAAAACUCCUCAGCAGGAAGAUAUGUCCGAGAGAACUGCAAGCCCUUACGACGGUACAUCCUGUCUGAGGCUGAGGAGCAUCACCAGCUGUUUGACCUGAUCGAGGCCAUGCUGGAGUACGAGCCACCGAAGCGCAUCACUUUGUCCCAAGCACUUAGGCAUCAGUUCUUCCAGAAUCCCAUCAUUGCUAGCGAGCAGACAUCAGGAAAGCCUUGGGAGGCCAAUCGCGACAUUAGCCGGUGACAUUAGUCUCUACCAGCCUUAGGUUUUUUUUUUUUUCUUUUUUUUUCCCCCCACCCAAAAAAAAAAAACCUACACAUUUUUGAGUUGUGUUGGUGUGCAGCAAACGGGGUUCACCUGGUGAUAUCAGUCCCUUUUUUUCUUUCAGGCAAAGCUCACUGACCCAGUAGUUUUAAGGUAAAACGUGUUGUCGGGUUACACUGCCAUGUCUGGUAGAAAGUGUUUAAGGGUGACCGAGGACUUCGUGGAAACCGGUUACAGUAGUUUCCUGCUUACAGAGGCAGUUGGUAGAAAUGUCCCAGGAUAAAGUAACACGGUUACUCGGAUACAAAGUCUUCCACACAUCAAGGACAAGACGGAAAGAACUUUAUCCAGUUCUAUAAAGCGUGGAAAGAAGCUCAAAAGAUCUGAUGGUGGUGUUGAGUAUAAAUCCAUCUCUAAUGUGGAAAUGAGUUAAACUGGGAGAAAUGGUUUGUCUUGUGGUGUAGAAAAGCCCCAGCAGGUGUUUUUUUUUUUUUUUUUUCUCUCCCCUCCAUAGAUUUUUUUUUCUAGAUAUUUUUUUUUUUUUUUUUUUAAACAUGAAUGUAAACAUGAAGAAAAAUACCCAACUUGCUGUUUUGCAUUGGAUACCAUCAUAAUUGGACAGAGUCUGAUCCUCUAUUACUCAUUUUUUAUUGGACAGCAGUAAACGAACAGAUGUUUCGGCAUGGACACACUCCUUCAUUUUAGAUCCAUCAGUCUCGUUGAAGCUACUGUUCUAUGUAGCUCGGUAUUUUUUUUUUUUUCUUUUCUUUUUUUUCUCUUCAAUGUGAAUGCUACAUACACACACGUUUCACAUAUUUUCUAUCAAAGUCUUUUGUUCAUGUUAUCAUGCACAGACCUUUUGUGCCCUUCCUGCCAGCACAGGUUUACAGUAUUUAUUUGACUCAGCAUUAUUUUUGGUUCCUCGUGUUUUUAUAUGAAGCUAAAGGUGUAUAUGUGUAUAUACAAAUAUCUAUGUAUCUAUAACUGUAUAGAAUAAAGGCUCUGUCUGUC